CUUGAUUCGGCAAGGUCUCAGAUGGCGCCGCAGACGAGCAUCCCAGUUGUGCGCCUUCCCUCUCUUAUUUUGAUUGCAAACGAUAUGAUAUCCAGCUUUCAAGAAUUGAAUUCCGGGUGAUUCAUUGAAGCAUGUCUUUCUUUGUAGAGUUCCUUCUCAACCUGCAACUGCUGUAAAUCCCGGCGCGACGCCGGCCGACAGGAGUUGCUUAAGAAUGGGGGUCUUCAAGUAGCUCAAAAUAGACAUUACUACAUUCAUCAUUAUGUCUCUAUUGAUUCGGAAAUUUUAAGCUUAGACUAAUGUUUCUAGGCGGCCAAUGUUCUUGGGACAAUUGGAACAGUUUUUGGUGUAUUCAAUUAGUACCUCAGAUAUGGACGAAUUACCGCGUCAAGAAAACCGAUGGCCUCCCCGGUAUAAUGAUGUUCCUAUGGGCAAUUUGUGCUGUUCCAUUUGGAGCUUAUUCGAUCGCCCAGAAUUUCAACAUCCCCAUCCAAGUCCAGCCACAAGUCUUCGGUACAUUUUGCUUGGUCAGUUGGGCACAAACUUUGAUCUACCACGAUCGUUGGCCAGUAUGGAAAGCCACAUCCCUCACUGGAAUUAUCUGGCUUGUGCUCGGUGGCGUUGAAGCAGCGUUGAUAUUAACACUAAAGCCAUUAUACGAUCGUGGAAUAAAUUUUCCCAUGAUUAUUCUCGGGGUUGUUGCCAGCAUACUUCUCGCAGUCGGACUUCUGCCCCCAUAUGUAGAGAUAUGGAGGCGUCGAGGGAGGGUAAUUGGCAUCAACUGGAUUUUCUUGACUAUCGACUGGAUGGGAGCUUUCUUCUCGUUGAUGGCACUCGUUGCUCAAAACACGUUUGACAUCUUGGGAGGUGUGCUCUACAUUUUAUGCAUAUUCAUCGAAGGUGGAAUCUUCAUCUCGCAUCUGAUAUGGCGAUUCAGAACCCGCAAAAUUCGCGCUCAAGCAAAGGAAGACGGCAAGACUUUCGAAGACAUUGCUGAAGAGUGUAGGCGCGAGAAUGUUCAGUUUCGGUUUGCAGAGCGAGAGGUCGUGUUGCCGUUCUUCCGUUCCAAACCAGAUGCACCUGGGUCAUUGGAAGCGGGAGAUGUUCAGGAUUCACCUUCCAAGACGAGAUUAUCGCUAGAAAAUGCCGUUGAAAUGCGGGCGGGGGGAUUCAAAUCAUGAUGGGAACUCGCUUGGAGCCGGCAUCAGGUUGAAUGAUCCGGGUGGCGUCCCGACAAUUCACAGGGCCGCACAAGGGGAUACCGAGGAAAUGAUCCGCGAAGAGCUGUACCUCUGAAGUAAUGAAGUUAUAUAGACAGCAAGCAUUCGUACCUUCCAGGUCGAGCAUCCGAGAUGGCGUUUGUCUCCUUUAACGACCUUUCGAAUAAAUAAUGAAGAUGCAUGACUUCUUUGGGCAACAUUGCUGAAAGAGCAGACCAUCACAGAGAAUUACCAGAAGGAUACAGAUAAUUCAAUAUGAC